AUGAAUGAUGAAGAACUGGAAUACUCACCUGAUCCGGAGGAUGAAAGAGAACAAGAAAGUGAAUUUGUUGGUAAACAUAAUAACAAAGCCAGUGAAGAGGAAGCAAUGGUGUUGAUAGAAGCUUCGUUGAGUGUG